GCCACAUGUACAGUUUGUCUAUCUCUGUCGCUGAUGAGGGAUUCACAUGUGAUAAAUGCAGGGAAACAGUUAGGCUGACAGAAGAUUUCAGAAUUAGAGACACGCAUCCAAACUUUAAUUGAGGACAGUAAGAAUGUUAGGGCUCUAGAUAUGGCUUUGGAUGCGUCUAGCUCAGGGAUUCCUGUACAUUGUCCGGUUCCAGCAGAGCCCCUGCAGCAGGGCAACUGGGUGACGGUGAGGCAGCAUAGUCGUGGGUCAAAACACCGCUCUUCUGUUCCGAUCAAAACAUUAAACAGGUUCUCCCCACUCAGUGAUGCACCCACUGAGAAACCUGAUGAAAGUGCUCUAGUUAUUGGCGAUUCUAUUGUACGGAACGUGAAUAUAGAGACACCAGCCACCAUAGUCAAAUGUUUACCGGGAGCCAGAGCGCCUGACAUCUUGGCAAAUUUAAAAGUGCUGGCUAAUGCUAAACGUAAAUACAGUAAGAUUGUUAUUCAUGCCGGCGCUAAUGAUGUUCGACUUCGCCAGUCGGAGAUCACUAAAAAUAACUUUAAAGAGGUGUGUGAACUUGCAAGCACGAUGUCAGACACUGUAAUAUGCUCUGGUCCCCUCCCUGCUUACCGUGGUGAUGAGAUGCAUAGCAGAUUGUCAUCACUCAAUGGCUGGAUGUCUAAGUGGUGCCCACAGAAUAACAUAGGUUAUAUAGACAAUUGGACGAGCUUUUGGGGCAGACCUGACCUGUUUAAAAGAGAUGGUCUUCAUCCCUCCUGGGGUGGCGCCACUCUUCUGUCUAGAAAUAUGGCAAAUAGUCUUAGUGUUUAUACUUGACUAACUGGGGCCCAGGUCAGGAAGCAGACAGACUGGCUAAACCGACCGUCUGCUAGCUGCCUCCCGUCACAGAGGUCAGUUAAUUCUCAGCACAUAGAGACUCUUUCACCUAGAUAUCACACUAUAGAGACUGUGUCUGUUCCACGAACUAGAAAAUACAAAAAACGUCCAAACCAAGUUAAGGUUAACAAUUUAAUUGAGGUUCAACAAAUAAAAAACAAAUGCAAUAUGGAUAAACAAAUGAUAAAGAUUGGCUUAUUGAAUAUCAGAUCCAUUUCUACGAAAACACUUUUUGUAAAUAAUAUGAUAACUGAUCAUAAUAUAGAUGUGCUCUGCUUGACAGAAACCUGGCUAAAACCUGAUGAUUACAUUAUUUUAAAUGAGUCCACCCCCCAAGAUUAUUGUUAUAAACACGA